CGAGUCACAUGACUCAAGCACCGGCAGCGAUAGAGAGCGCAAAAGGGACGCAGAGCCUCGGUGUAUACAAGCCUGCACACCACCAAUCCUCCACCGCUAUACGCCCAAUUUCUUUUUAAUUGAACCCUUUUACUCCCGCUCGUGUUUCUCUGGUGUUGGAGGCUGAACGUCUCCGAGGGCGCAAAAAUAACAGUUUUGAUUUUCAUCUUUGAGGAUUUUGCUUUUCGAAUAGCAGGCAGUGCUGCAGGACUAGGAUGACUGGGAAGACCCAGACCAGCAACGUGACCAACAAGAAUGACCCACGCUCCCUCAACUCCCGCGUCUUCAUUGGCAACCUAAACACGGCCGUGGUAACCAAGGCCGACAUCGAAGCCAUCUUUGCCAAGUACGGCAAGAUUGUGGGCUGCUCGGUGCACAAGGGCUACGCCUUCGUUCAGUACGCCAGUGAGAGGAAUGCCAGGGCAGCAGUGGCUGGGGAGAAUGCCAGGGUCAUCGCUGGACAAUCACUAGAUAUCAACAUGGCAGGAGAGCCAAAACCAUACAGGCCGAAGAUGGGCUCCAAGAGGCCUCUGUCGUCCCUCUACAGCGGCUACGAGUUUGACUAUGAUUACUACAGAGACGAUUUUUACAGCAGACUCUUUGAGUACCACGGUCGUGUCGUGCCCCCGACCCGUGCUGUGAUCCCCAUCAAACGUUCACGGCUAGUCGUCCCUUCCACACGCAGAGCCAAAUCCUCCUUUCCAGUCAGGGCCUGUUCUUCCUCCUCCUCUUCCUCUUCCUCCUCCCGAGCGCUCAAUGUCGGCUCUUCCAUCACAGUCCCUAAACUGAAGACAGACCAGCUCCUAACAAUCAAGAAGGAGCUGUCACAGAUCAAGACCAAGAUCGACUCACUGCUGGGAAGGCUGGAGAAGAUUGAGAGGCAACAUCGCUCUGAUGGCGACAUGCAGAGGAAACAAGAGGAGGUGUGUGAGUGUCUCCAUGGUGACGCAGCAGACCACUCUGGUGGAGAGGAGGCAGAGGGGACAGCUGAGGUGGAGGCAGGGGAGAUGACGGACGGCUGCGAAGACGACUUUGAAGAUGAAGGCACCAGCGAUAUGAUAGAGAACCACAUAUCGGACAUUGACAACUGAAUAAGCUGGAGGAAAAGGGGAGUCUACUUGUGCAAGAAGCUGGGAGAACAGAUACCAGCGAAACCUUCUUGAUCAAGAAGGUGUAUUUGAAAUUGAACGAAAGCAAUGACGGGAGUGACUGACGGCAGAAGAAGAGUUUUUCAAACUUGUUUUUAUGCUUGUUUGCAUCAUUAGAACAUGACACACCUGAUGUGUACUCCAUCGAAAUGCUGGUUAUGAAUAUUCUCCAGACUACUGCAAGAUCAACUGCAAAGAGCAAUCAGUAAUUUCCCCUAAAGCUGAUUGCUGCUCCGAAAAAUAAGGACAGUAUAUUGUGUGCUUAGUAUAUUCUGGUCUGUAUUGUGCAUAAAAAUACAGUUACGUGAUCAGUCAGAUGAACCAUGAAACACCUUCCUCUGUUGUAAAGUUUGUUCUGUUUCUGUGCAUUGAAAACUGUGACGAGCCACGACGCUGGCAGAGAGCUAAAUAUGAAUGUAAGAGGAACACUUGAUAAUUACGUGACUUUGCUUUAUUCGUACAUUUUGCCGAAAUGUACACAAUAUGUAAUUUAUUCACAACGUCUCCACACAGUGUCUGCCGUUUGUUAUUCAUGAUAAGAUGCAUUUGGAAUUCUGUUUACAUUCAUGUUUAUGGUUAAAAAAAAAAAGAUGACUAUUUUUUACAAUCAGCAUGUUUAAAAUGUAGCUAUUAUGGAUCAUUUGUAUUCAUUGCAUCUGUUGUACAGCUAUGGAUGAUCGCAGUUUUUGAAAUAAACUCGUUCCUCCGAAAAAAA